AUGGCCGACGAAACAAACAAGAAAGUUUUAAAAAAAAAACAACAAUCAAAAACAAUUUCAGACGUCCAGUCGUUGGCUGAAAAAAUUAAAACAAAAGCAUUACAAAAUCAAAAGGAUUUACUUACUGUAUCAAGUGAAAAAGAUGAAGAUGUUGAGGGACCUCCUGAAGAAAAAGAUACAAAUGCCGAUAAAGAUGAUGCUACUUUUAACUCCUUUUCUGAGCUAAACUUGGUACCUGAAUUAAUUGAGGCAUGUGCCAAUUUGAAAUAUGAAAAGCCAACGCCAAUUCAAGCCAAAGCUAUUCCGUCUGCCUUAGAGGGGCAUGAUAUUAUAGGGUUAGCCCAAACGGGUAGUGGUAAGACGGCCGCUUUUGCCAUACCUAUUUUAAACAAACUGUGGUAUGAUAAACAGCCAUAUUAUGCAUGUAUUUUGGCACCUACGCGUGAACUAGCUCAACAAAUUAAGGAGACUUUUGAUUCUUUAGGGAGUAACAUGGGGUUACGUUCAGUUUGUAUUGUUGGUGGUAUGAAUAUGAUGGACCAAGCAAGAGAAUUAAUGAGGAAACCACAUGUUAUUAUUGCUACCCCGGGUAGACUGAUGGAUCAUUUGGAAAACACAAAGGGGUUUUCAUUGAGGAAUUUAAAGUUUUUGGUGAUGGAUGAGGCUGACAGGCUUUUGGAUAUGGAGUUUGGUCCUGUUCUAGAUCGUAUUUUGAAAAUUCUACCGGUAGCAAAUAGAACUACAUACCUAUUCAGUGCCACAAUGACUUCUAAAAUAGAUAAGCUACAAAGAGCAUCGUUAGUGAACCCGGUAAAAUGUGCUGUUUCCAAUAAAUACCAAACUGUUGACACUUUGGUUCAAACUUUAAUGGUUGUUCCUGGCGGGUUGAAAAACACAUAUUUGAUGUACUUGUUAAAUGAAUACUUGGGAAAAACAACCAUAGUUUUUACUAGAACCAAAUCUAAUUGUGAGAGAAUAUCAACCUUAUGCAACAUGUUGGAUUUUAAUGCUACUGCGUUGCACGGUGAUCUAAAUCAAAACCAAAGAACAGGGGCUUUAGAUUUGUUCAAGGCUGGGAAACGAAGUAUUUUAGUUGCUACUGAUGUUGCUGCUAGAGGUUUGGAUAUUCCAAGUGUUGAUAUUGUUAUUAAUUAUGACAUUCCAGUUGAUUCCAAGUCUUAUAUACAUCGUGUUGGUAGAACAGCUAGAGCUGGCAGAUCUGGCAAAUCGAUUUCGCUAGUUUCACAAUAUGACUUAGAGUUGAUUUUAAGAAUUGAAGAUGUUUUGAAUAAAAAAUUACCCAAAGAAAAUGCUGAUAAAUCGAUAAUCUUACAACUAAGAGAUACAGUUGAUAAAGCUAACGGUGAAGUUAUUAUGGAGAUGAACAGGAGAAGUAAAGACAAUAAAUAUAACAAAAACCACAGAAGAAAGAAAUUCAAUAAAGACGAUUUAGACAGAGAAGAACGAUAA